UAUGGAUAGGAUACUGACUUUAUCGGAUUCUUGUUACUCUGCAUUAUUGAAAAUUAUUGAUGGACUACCUCUUUGGGAUGUCCUCGACCCAAAAAAUGGUUUGUUUGUUGCUCUCUUGGACGAAAAGUAUAAGAAUGGUAACUAUUUAAAAGAAGUAUUAUUUACAUUUAAUAAGAAAAGCAAAACUAUGAAAAAUUUGGGUCAAGAUCUCUUGAAUAUUAAACCCAGUAAGAGAUGCGGAUUCCCGACCGAGAGUAACCUAGACAGAUUGCAAUUUCCCGAUGUUUUGGCGCCCUACAAUAGAUUUGAAUGUUCAAAAUAUUUUCACGAAGAAAUUAUGAUACCUUUACUAAAGAAACUACUAGAUAAGGGCUAUCAUAAAUGUAUUAAACUUUUGUGCAAGCUAUAUCUCUUCUUGGAUAAAGAUUAUUGGUUAGGAAAAUUUUUUACUCCAAUUUCCGUCUACGUAUCAUUUGAGCGAAAGGUGAACGAUUAUAGAUGCCUGCUGUGUUUAAGAAAUUAUAGUAAAAUACCAUUGUUAGUUCAAAGUCUUGCCAAUAUUUUGACAGUGGAUAGAGAAGACCGAUUCGAAACAUUUAACUUUCUCUUGCAUAAUUUUGAAGAGAUUCUAAAUCAGAAUCCGCAAUAUCGUAUUAGACUCUUAGUUAUUAUGGUGGAAAGUGGAUUAACAUUCGAAGUAUUUAACAAAGCUUUAGAAUUAUGUGAUGGAAACUUGAAAGAAGAGUUCAGAGAAGAUAUAUUACUUAAAUCAAGCUACAAGGCUGGAAACGUAUCAAUGUUUAUGCAUUUGAUUAAUCGUUUUCCGGAUUUGGUAGAAAUUUUUAAUGAACCUGUGCAUUGGUGUGUAUUGAUAGAAAAACCCAUAGAAAUUAUUGAGUAUAUCUGUGAAAAGUUACCUGGUAUUUUACCACUGAUAGAUACCUUCCUCUCAGGAAAUGAGCAGUCUAAUGGCCUCAGAUAUAAAUCUCCUAUUUCUCUAGAUUUAAGGAAUCUCUAUAAAGUUCCCUGUCUCUUUAAGUAUUUUUCAAAAAGAAAAACUAUAGAUUGCGUUUAUGAUCAAUGGUUAAAGAAUUUAGAAGUUACUUAUGAAGACUGCCUAUCUAGAACUUAUUAUAUUUCAACUUUUUUGGCUAUUAUACGUUGUAGAGACGCAUAUGGUUUAUCUAUUCAGGAGGCAGGAAUGAAACUGUGCAAAUUGUGUAUGCAAUUAUCAACAUUAGUUGUUCUAUUUGGGUUUACACCAUCUCUUUCCGACAUCAUUGCUCAAGUUUUAACAAUCUUUAUGGAAUAUGGCUUUACUUAUACGAAAAAUUUUCCAUGGGAAUUGGAUGGCACUCUCAAAUCUAGUCGUUGGAUAGCAUCCCUUCUUUGGUAUAUUUCGGAUAGUUCUGUUAAAUUUCCUGAAGAAUUCUAUCAAUAUUUAGAAUUAAAAACUGCAGUAAAAUCAUUAGAACACUUGACAAUUGUCGUAGCAAGAAAAAGUAUUAAAGCUCCAUUUAAGCAGAAUGUUAAUUCUCUACGUUUACCAAAAAGGCAAAAACUUAAUAUCUUAAUGGAAAGCGAAUUGAAAGAGUCAAUAUUUUUUAAGAGAAUUGAUAGGAGGAAAUACGAAAGAAUUGAUGUAAACGUGGCUAUGUCCAAAACACCAUUCCAAUCCGAAGAGAGGAAAAAGACUUUUAUAGAAGCAUUAGAACACUAUCAAGUCAUUUUAAAUUGGAUACCACAGAUUAAUGCCUUUGGAAAAGAAAUUGCCAUGUUACCUCUUUUGUUUGUUCUAAGUGUCACUGCUCUGAAAGACGGUUAUGAGGACUAUAAGAGAUAUAAGAAUGACAAGAAAGUCAAUAACAGAAGAUGUCAAAUUUACGAUCAAUUAUUAGCGAAAUUUUGUGAUGACAAAUGGAAAAAUAUUAAAGUUGGUGAUAUAAUUCGAGUUGAAGAGAAUGAAUCAAUUCCUGCAGAUAUUUUACUCGUUAAAUCUUCAGAUGCUCAAGGUGUAUCUUACGUCGAUACUGCUUCUUUAGACGGCGAAUUUAAUUUAAAACAGCGAUUUGUUUGUAAAGAAGUUAGCAAUUGUGAAUGGUCAAAGUUUAAAGCUAAAAUUGCUUGCGAUAGACCAAAUAAAGAUUUACAUUCCUUCAGAGGAACAAUAGAAUAUUUUACAGAAUUAAAGAACCCUGAUAUAAAAGUAAGAAUAUCGAAGGAUAAUCUUCUUCUUAGGGGUUCUACAGUAAGAAAUGUUAACUACGUUGAUGGAAUAGUUGUUUACACUGGUCACGAGACAAAAAUGAUGCUCAAUGCUCAAGGUCCAAGAUACAAGAGAAGCGCUUUAGAAAUUCGCAUAAACUAUGAUGUUCUCUGGUGCUGUGUUUUACUAUUUUUAAUGUGCUUUGGAUGUUCUUUAGGUAAUGGACUUUGGCUUGAAUCUUAUAGGAACACAUCAGAUGUACCCUUUAUAGCUUUUGAUGAUGACAAAACGCCAAAGCAAAGGUCACUAUUGCUAUUUUGGACAUAUAUUAUUCUCUUUCAGGCUAGUGUUAUGAUACCGUUAUCCCUUUACGUAACAAUUGAUUUUAUAAAGAUAAUUCAAGUCAUUUUCAUUCAAAUGGACAAAGAAUUGAAGGAUAGUGAGGGUAGAGGGUGCAUUUGUAGGGCAUUAAACAUAACCGAAGAUUUAGGACAAGUAGAGCAUAUCUUUACUGAUAAGACUGGGACUCUAACGGAGAAUUCAAUGGUAUUUAAGAGAUUUAGUAUUGCAGGAAUCGAUUAUAUUCACAAACAAGAUAAUAAGAAAACAGCGAAUUCUGUUAAAUGCAAUAGCGACAGCAACGAUCAGAUAGAAUUAGAAGCAAUAACUCUUCAUGAUAAACCAUCGCAAAGUAUUUCAGAAAUGAUUAAUGUAACAUCUCAACAAAAUGCAUUAAACCAUCAAAUGGGUCACUUUUUUCUUUUACUAACAAUUUGCAAUACUGUGUUUGUCAGCCGAAAAAAGAAUGAAAACAAUGAAAUUAUAUCAAAAUUUGAGGCUGAAAGUACCGAUGAGUUAUGCUUAGUUGAAGCUGCUUUUGAAAAGAACUGCAAAUUAGUUGAUAGACAGCUCAACAACGUUUACAUUACAUUUGGAGCUACUUAUGGUUUACGAACUUUAUGUAUGGCUUAUCGCAUUAUUGAUGAUUCAGAAUAUGAAAACUGGUUACAAGGUCAUUUAUUGGCCGAAAAUAGUCAAUCCGAGCAGGACAAGCUGUUGUAUGAAUCAGCUUGUCGAAUUGAAUCGAAUCUAGUGCUUCUAGGUGCUACUGGCAUUGAGGAUAGAUUACAAGAAGGAGUUCCGGAUGCAAUAGAAUCGCUGAGAAAUGCUGGUUUAAAAAUAUGGAUGCUCACUGGUGAUAAACAAGAAACGGCAAUAAAUGUUGGUCAAAGUUGUGGACUAAUAAAAAAGAAUGAUUACGUGACUAUAUUGAAAGCAGAAUCUCUUGUUGAAACAAUUUCAUUAUUGAGGCAAGAUCUGUCAAUGACAAGAGUUUUAGUUUUAGAAAGUCAAUGCUUAGAAUUUAUUUUACAUCCUGACGCUAUAAAACAUUUUUUGAAAAUAUCAAAUAAUUGCUCUUCAGUAUUAUGUUGCCGAGUAACACCUUCUCAAAAGAGUAAGGUUGUUGAAAAGCUUCAAAAAGCACAGAAAAGAUUAUGUUUAGCAAUUGGUGAUGGGGCAAACGACGUUUCUAUGAUUAGGGAAGCGUCUAUUGGUAUAGGAAUAUAUGGGAGUAAACAAAGCGAGGGAAACUCAGCCGCUAUGGCGUCAGAUUUUACUCUACCGAAUUUUCAAGGUUUAAAGCGUCUCUUGUUAGUUCAUGGUCAUUGGUGUUAUCAACGUCUAGUCACUGUUGCCUUAUAUAUGUGGUAUAAAAAUGCUGUCUUUAUCUUCCUUCUACUAUGGUUUCAAUUUUUUAAUGGUUUUUCAGCUAUAACUUUUUUAGAUGAUCUAAAUUUAAUGUUUUAUCAAUUGCUUUAUACUUCUUUACCUCCAAUUAUUCUUGGAAUAUUCGAUCAAGAUAUUUCUGCUGAUAAAUUAAUGAAAAAGCCAGAACUUUACAAACAAGGAUCAGAGCGUAAAGCUUUCAGGGGAAGUGAUAUUGGUCAAUGGGAAUUUGGAGCGACUUGUCUUGCUAGUUCGGUUAUAAUUUCCCUUUUACAUAUUUGUAUAGAAGCAAAGAGUUUAAAUCUCCCCCUCAUUGGUUCAGUUUUACUUAGUUUUGCUGUUUACAUCUUAACAAACAUAUCGCUGAAUUCUAUUUGUGUAGUUUGUAGUCCACCAGCUAACCCAGUUGGAGUGACAGUUUAUAGUUUCCGAAAUUCCGUUCAUUGGUUUUGCGUGCUAUUAUCAACAGUAUUGGCUCUAUUACCGAGAAUAAUUGGAAAAUCUAUAAAGAAUAUUAAAUAUCCAAGUCUAGUUACUGCAGAAAGAUUAAACAAAGGUUUCAUUUGUCAACAAUUGUGGUAUGAUAAUCCAGUAAUAAUAGAUGAAACCCAUCUAUAA